UCUCCAUGAAGCAAAGCAGCCCUGCGCCAUUACAACAACAGCCACAGCUCACAUCAUUUGCACCUGCACCGGUUGAUCAUCAUUCACAGCAAUGGCCUCCACCAAAAGCUGGACCCAUGAGAUCGAGUCGCCGGCCGCCGCCCCGCGCCUCUUCCGCGCCAGCGUCAUGGACUGGCACACCCUGGCCCCCAAGCUCGUGCCGCAGAUCGUCGCCAGCGCCCACGCUGUUGAGGGAGAAGGCGGCGUAGGUAGCGUCAGGCAGUUCAACUUCACCUCAGUUCCCUAUCUCGAAGCCAUGCCCUUCAACCUCAUGAAGGAGAGGCUCGAGUUCCUUGACGCGGACAAGUGCGAGUGCAAGUCGACCCUCAUCGAGGGCGGUGGCAUCAGCACCGGGAUCGAGACGGCCACGUCGCACAUCAAGGUGGAGUGGGCAGCCAACGGCGGCAGCGUGGUGAAGGUGGAAUCGACAUACAAGCUGCUGCCGGGCGUGGAGGUGCAGGAUGAGAUCACCAAGGCCAAGGGCUAUGUCACGGCCAUCUUCAAGGCCAUCGAGGCCUACCUUAUCGCCAACCCGGAUGCCUACAACGACCAACUAAAUCAGUCAACAGAGAUCAUAUAUAUGAUUAACAUGUGAUGUCCCUAGCUAGUUGUCUAAUAAAGCCGCUCCAACCCUCAAGGAGUGACGCAAUGAUUUAUCUGGUUAUGGUGAUGGUUUUUCCAGCAAUUGUCUGCUUAUAUUCAGGGACUCAUAGCACGUAUGUUCUCCUUUACUACUUGAACUACACAUCUCUUCCAUUUUCUAACAAAA